AUGACUUCCUCCAUCCCAUCGUCAGCCAACAACAUCGCCAUUCCACACAAGGAAGCCCACAUGGCUGGACGACAUGACCUGCAAACUGGCUAUCCGGUCGCAUUCAAGGACGCCCAACGCUAUGGGGGCCCAGGCAUGACUCCCGAGGAGGCCGCCAUUGAACACGACAAGAUAGCCUACCAUGACCGCUUGAAGACUGGACCCAAGGCCAGUACGGAACAGGCUUGCAAAUACAGACCGGCAUCGGCCUCUUCGACAUUGAGCUCCGAUGUUCGACAUAUGGAAGAUCUGGAGUACGAGAAGGCUUUGGAGGACGGUGAAGUCAAAGAAAUCGAAGCGCCAGCGAACGCUCCAGAACAAAUCCAGAAGCCACCUCGCGACCUGACAGUACGUUUCGACCCACCAAGUGAGAACUCGAUGGAAUGGGCCAGAGGGCACUAUACCCGGAGGUUCCCGUCAAUCGAUGGAGGAUCUUGA